UUAUACCUUACCAUCUACAAACUCAUUCUCAAUCACAAAAAACAAAGUAAAAUUAUCAUAUAUAAAGAAAUAUGAAGCGCUUCAUUGUCCUUUCCCUUUGCUUGCUUAUGGUUCUUGAAACAACAAAGGGUUUAGAUAUCCAUGACAAAGAUGUGGAAUCGGAGGAUAGCUUGUGGGAGCUGUACGAGCGGUGGAGGAGCCACCACACGAUAGCUAGGAGCUUUGAAGAGAAGGCAAAGAGGUUUAAUGUGUUUAAGCACAACGUGAGACACAUUCACGAGACCAACAAGAAGGAAAAACCUUACAAGCUCAAGCUCAAUGAGUUUGGUGACAUGACAACGGAGGAAUUUAGAAGAUCAUACGCUGGUUCGAACAUCAAACAUCAUAGGAUGCUUAAAGGUGAAAGACGAGCAACAGGAAAAUUCAUGUAUGCAAAUGUUAAUGCUCUGCCGACCUCCGUUGAUUGGAGAAAGAACGGAGCUGUCACUCCUGUCAAAAACCAAGGCCAAUGCGGAAGCUGUUGGGCGUUUUCAACAGUUGUAGCAGUGGAAGGGAUCAACCAAAUAAGAACCAAAGAGCUGACAUCACUAUCAGAGCAAGAGCUAGUGGACUGUGAUACGAAUGAGAACCAAGGGUGUAGUGGAGGUCUGAUGGACCUUGCUUUUGAGUUCAUCAAGGAGAAAGGAGGGCUAACGAGCGAGCUAGUGUACCCUUACCAAGCUUCUGAUGAAACAUGUGACAAAAACAAGGAGAAUGCGCCGGUGGUUUCAAUCGAUGGACACGAAGAUGUUCCUGAGAACAGUGAGGAUGAUCUAAUGAAAGCUGUUGCUAAUCAGCCUGUCUCUGUUGCAAUUGAUGCUGGAAGUUCAGACUUCCAGUUCUACUCCGAGGGAGUGUUUACGGGGCGAUGUGGAACAGAGCUAAACCAUGGAGUUGCAGCAGUAGGCUAUGGAACAACGAUAGAUGGAACAAAGUAUUGGAUCGUUAAGAACUCUUGGGGAGAGGAAUGGGGAGAGAAAGGAUACAUAAGGAUGCAAAGAGGAAUCCAUCAUAAGGAAGGUCUAUGUGGUAUUACUAUGGAGGCUUCUUAUCCUGUCAAGAACUCCAACACUAAUCCUCCUGGACCUACCUCCACUACGCUUAAGGAUGAACUCUAAAGCUCUUUAUAUAUAUAUAUUAAUAUUUACAAGAAAAUA